UCAUAUUGUUAUUGUAUCCCUCCGCCGACAGUCGCACUAGGAAAACAGCUGUGUCGAGCUAACAGCUAGUUAGCACCGUUUGUUUUUGUCGUGAGCCUGAGCCGUCCCUUCAGCGACAAAAACAACUUCAAAAAACCCCACACAGCCCCUCGGAGUGACCGACUUGUCGUCUGUCAUCUCUUUCGACGAUGAAGUUUCAGUACAAAGAGGAGCACCCUUUCGAGAAAAGGCGGUCUGAAGGCGAGAAGAUCAGGAAGAAGUAUCCGGACAGGGUGCCAGUAAUUGUGGAGAAAGCCCCCAAAGCCAGAAUAGGAGAUCUGGACAAGAAGAAAUACCUUGUCCCCUCCGACCUGACAGUGGGCCAGUUUUACUUCCUCAUCCGGAAAAGAAUCCACUUGCGAGCUGAGGAUGCCCUCUUCUUCUUUGUAAACAACGUCAUUCCACCCACCUCAGCUACCAUGGGACUGUUGUACCAGGAGCACCAUGAAGAGGACUUUUUCCUCUACAUUGCCUACAGUGAUGAGAGUGUGUACGGGAGCAGCCAAAGGGAAAUCUGAUCCCACUUACCACCCCUGCCCCCUCCUCCCCCUCCUCCUCCAACCACUACCACCACCUUUCUGAGACCUCCACCGUUCAUUCAUUUAAAUAUUAAAUCCAGCUCAGCAGCCUAGAGUUCCCAGAGUAAAUAUGUCAAAUGCACUUUCACCACCCAUACAUUACCCCUCUCCUCUCCCAUCCAUUUAUGUCUUUAUUAUUCUGCAGUCUGAAUUGUAUUUGCCUCCACUUUUCUUUUUCAGUAGCGACCUGGGUUAAGUGGUCUCACGGCCAGUUAUUUUUCUAGAGUCCUAAUCGAUCAUAGUUUUAAUGAAAACAGUGAGAAAGAAUAACAAAAUAAUGUUAGGACCGUAAUCAUAGUUACCCCAGGCUUAAGGGAAGAAAGGCCUAGUAUGUGAGUUCAAAUCAGCUCUUACUGAAAGAGUUAAGAGUUGUCUGCUUGUGUUGGCUUUCGGGAGAUAAAGCGUGUUUUGAGUUUAAAGGUAGGAAAUUAAUAGCAUCUACCAGUUGAAGGCAGGUUGUUUUCUGUCUCUGGCGGAGUAAAGGCUAACUGUUUUGCAGCAGUUCUUUUUCCUAGAAAAAAACUGAAGUGACUAGGUUUUUUUUUUUUUUUAAAGAAAAUUCACCAGGUACUGAAGUCUGCGAAUGAGAAUUGAGUGUGCUGCCCCUCAUCCGACAAUAACAAAGGAGUAUAAUAGAAUUCAGACUUAACAAUCAUCCUCUGCUUUCAGUGGUAAGACUAUUAUGUUGACUGCUACUAUGAUUAUUGUUGUUGUUAUUGUUAAUUUUAGAUGGCUUAAUUUCUAAACGUAUUGUAAAGCUGAGUGCAAUUUUCUCCUUUUUUUUUUAAGUUUGUCUCCUUUUUUUUAAAAAAAAAAAGAAAAAAAGAAUUUGAACUCUGUAUACAGCUGCAUUACUGGCUCUUUCUCUCCACUCAUGACCAUACAUGAUAAAAUGUGAUGAAAAUCUA